UUGGAGGUGACAACGAAUUAUGAAUUUCUGGGACAGAGAGACCCCGUUUGUGGCCUCGAAACGAUUGAGUGGUUGCAGUUGACGCCAUAACCAACAGAAAACCCCUUUUUGAGCUGGGUGUCGGCACAGUCAUCGGCAGAGUUCGGGAGGUACCGGGUAGCUUGUCAACUCAGAGUCGUGAAGAGGUAACAGUGCUGUUCGUGUGACUUUCUGACCAGGAGUUCAGCCAGUAAAAAAGUAAAGCAAUCAAGAGUCAUACGAGGGAAUCUAUCGCAGCUGUUCACGUCGCGAGAAUGUGUGUGGCCUUGAGACUGGUUUUUUACAUCAGCCUAAUUUCCCCAUCGUCUUUGAUUUUAGCCUCGACCUACAAUGAUUCUGCUCGUCUCUAUGCGGACAUUCUCCUACCGUUUGACAAAAGAAUACAGCCAGUGAGAAACCAGUCAGAGCCCAUCACAGUUUACUUCCAAAUAUUCCUUCUCAACAUAUUGAACAUCGACGAAGUCACGCAGCGAGUCGACUUAAACGCGUGGAUCAACUUUUCAUGGGUGGAUGAGCUUCGAACUUGGAACCCCAGUGACUAUAAUGGGAUCUCGACCAUCCACCCACUGCCCCUGGACACUUGGAGGCCUCGGACUCUCGUGACCAACUCAGUGGCCAAACGAGACUUGUUUGAGGAUGACUACUCUCCGCUUUACAUUUCGUCUGAUGGUAGGUCAAAGUGGUUUCCCGGAACAAUCUUUUCCAUUUCCUGUAACCUUGACAUUCGGUAUUAUCCCUUUGACAGUCAGACGUGCUCUAUGUUUAUAAUGACCCAAGACUUCGAUACAGAUGUCAAACUUUAUCCAGACCCUUCGACCGUGAUGAUCGGCAACUUUAAGCGGAACGGAGAGUGGGACCUAGUGAGCACCCGGGUCACAGCAUCAUUGCCAAUGUUCACCGAUGUGGCCUUCUCCAGCCUGAAGAUAAACAUAGUUCUAAAGCGUAAGCCUUUGUUUUUCGUGGUCAAUAUUUUGGUCCCGACGAUGUUCAUAUCAGCUAUCUCCUCUAUCGUGUUUAUUCUCCCGGAAGACAGCGGCGAGCGGGCGUCUUUUGCAAUCACAGUGUUGUUGUCGUUGUCUGUGUUUUUGAGCACGGUGUCCAGCCAGCUCCCACAAAACUCGGAAAAUUUCCCCAUUAUCAUCAGUUACCUAUUUUCUUUGCUAGUUCUCAACGGCACCACAGUCUUCGCCGCUGUCAUACAACUGCAGUGUCGCCAAAAGAAAAAGGAGUCAACUCCAGACUCUGCCAGAAAUGACUCACACCAUGAUGGCCCUGUGCUGUUUGCUAGACUCAAGGGACACUUUCAGGACGGCAGUGUAUCACCGGCAUGGGGGAGUGGAGAGCAACAAUUGGCGGUCAAUCCUGGUGAGGUCAAUGUUGGCCAAUCUUUUAAAAAACAGGACACUGAACAUAGGAAGACUUCUCUCAUUUCAGAUGCCGAUGUGGCCUUGACAAGGGAGACAAUAACUGGUCACUUCAAACAGGCGAAUCAUUCUCAUGGAAACUCAGUUGUGAUGGCGUAUCUUAAGGAUUCCAAUGUACUGCUCUUUGUCUUUAUCAAUACUACGUGGUUGAUCUUAACAAUUUAUUUUUUAGUUGAGUUGAUAUACCACUGAAACUCAAACUUUUAACGAAGUCAACCACAGGAACCCCGAUAGCUGUAAAUGAUUGUACAUAUUUUACGCCCCAUUAACACAACUUUGAUCGUUUAGAGGUGCGCUUCUUUGAUUCUGUCUAUCAGAACCAACUCGAGCUGAAUGGGAUAACGUAUCCAAACAGAUAGUGAUAAAAUACAGUCGAAAUUUUUCGACACGACCACCCAUUGUCGGUCGAGGAGAGAGGUCGUCUUAGACAGGUGGUUCUUUUGGAUAGUGUCGCUAUAAUAUAUAAAACCAAAGAAAGAAGUGGGAAAUGGUCAUUUGUAUAGUUGAUAGUUUCGACAGGUGGUCGCGGGAGCAGGUUCAACUGAAUUUUCCCCUCCCAGGAAUCGCAUUCAUGUCUUUUGCUGGCACUGACCAAGAGUCUUUUCCGGAAGCCAUUCUCUUAUUCUUCAACGCUGCUCACUAACAAAAAAAACCAACAACCUCUAACAGGUGAAAGUGGUUGACCAACAGUAUGUCAUCCCGUAGUCGGUUAAAUUGUUACGUUAUGCUUUCCUGUCUAGUUCCAUACCAUUAAGUUGUGAGACGCCACCAUUCUGGUUUUAUGGGACAAUAGGGACAUGUUCUGAAGUAUUUUUUGUUGUAAGCCUUUGGGAAGUACACUGGUACCCAAUUAAAUCGAUAGUGCUCCAAAGUGACUACAAAGUUAUGUUCAUAGCAUUCAUGUGGCCCUCUAUUCUUAUCUAUCAGCUAUUUUCCGUGUCCAGAUUGCACCCGUCUGCUCUCUGAUGUCAUCCGUCCUCCUUCUUUCUGUUCUUCCUCUUGACCUUUUGACUGUUUUUGGUCUCCAUUUACCGCGUUUUUGUCCAUCUGUUGUCUUUCACUCUGUCGAUGUGACCAGCUCAUUUUCAUUCUGUGUCGGAGAACUCAUUAAAAUUUGGUAUUUGCCACUCCUGUCCGAGACAAAGAUACCCUGAACACCCCUCCUCCCCCGAAAAAAAAAUCACAACUAAAAAUAUUUAUAUUUUAAUCCUCAGUUUUUCAUUGAAAAAAAAGAAGAUAUCCUAUAAAUCUACUAAGGAGUGUCAUGCUAGUUAUAGUUAUUCAGACUGAUACUGGAACUAGUAACAGCUAAUCACAGAUGUUACUGUAACCACAAUGUUAUCUGAUUAGACCUGCAUGGUCACAGAAUGGAUGAGAUACCACGCAAUAAAACUCGUUUGUGAAACCAAA